AUGCGUUCGAUAAGUGAAAUUCAUUUAGGCAUUCAUUGGUUUAUCAAUUUAUUGUGUCUUCAGGUAUCGUUUAUUGUUGAACGUCCAGAAUCGAGUGAGGCGAAAUGUUGGGCAAAAGAUGCGCUGAAGUCGGCCACAACUCGAACCUCUUCGACAGCACCACGUGAGAAAUACAAAUGGGCGAAAAUGUCCGCUGAACAACGAGCAAAGGUGGAACAACAACAGCAAUUACAGCAAAAACAACAACAACAACAAUCUGCUCAAAAUUUGUGCAUUCAUAAGGUAUAUUUCACACUGACUCCUCUUUUGUUUUAG